AUGCCUAGUUUGAUUAGUAAAUUUUGGACUGAGUCACGCUCAUUGACUCCUCCUCCAUUACCACUGAAACCAUUUGCAUUAAUACAAUCUAGUGCAAGUGUGCCUAAUAUUUCAGCUCAUAGAUUUGAAAGAAGUCAGACUUAA